AUGGUCCUCCAGGAUCUGGGACGGCGCAUUAAUGCGGCCGUCAAUGACAUGACGAGGUCAAACAACCUCGAUGAGAAGGCCUUCGAUGAAAUGCUUAAAGAGAUCUGCGCUGCCCUCUUGUCUGCAGACGUGAACGUCAAGCUCGUUCAGUCUCUCCGCAAGUCGAUUAAAUCCAGCGUUAACUUCGCCAACAUCCCCGCUGCGACCAACAAGAAGCGUCUGAUCCAGAAGACAGUGUUCGAUGAGCUGGUGGCUUUGGUCGACCCCCAUGCGGACUCUUUCCGCCCCAAGAAGGGUCGUUCCAACGUUAUCAUGUUCGUCGGUCUUCAAGGUGCGGGUAAGACCACCACCUGUACCAAGCUCGCCCGUCACUACCAGAUGCGCGGCUUCAAGACCGCGCUGGUUUGCGCCGAUACCUUCCGCGCCGGUGCCUUCGAUCAGCUAAAGCAGAACGCAACUAAGGCUAAGAUUCCAUACUACGGUAGCUUGACGCAGACUGAUCCUGCCGUCGUCGCGGCUGAAGGUGUGGCCAAAUUUAAGAAGGAGCGCUUUGAUAUCAUUAUUGUCGAUACCAGUGGUCGUCACCGUCAAGAGGAGGAAUUGUUCACUGAGAUGACCCAGAUUCAGACCGCUGUGACACCCGACCAGACCAUCUUGGUUCUCGACAGCACCAUUGGUCAGGCCGCUGAGGCACAAUCCUCUGCUUUCAAGGCCACUGCUGACUUCGGUGCUAUCAUUAUCACCAAGACAGAUGGCCACGCCGCUGGUGGUGGUGCCAUCUCUGCCGUCGCCGCUACCAAUACCCCAAUCAUCUUCCUGGGAACCGGUGAGCACAUGAUGGAUCUUGAGCGAUUUGAACCCCGCGCAUUCGUUCAAAAGCUCUUGGGCAUGGGCGAUGUGGCCGGCCUGGUUGAGCACGUACAAGCCGUCACCAAGGACUCGGCCGCUGCUAAGGAGACCUACAAGCACAUUGCGGAAGGUAUCUACACCAUUCGCGAUUUCCGUGAAAAUAUCACAUCAAUUAUGAAGAUGGGACCUCUGUCCAAGCUCUCCGGCAUGAUCCCCGGUCUGUCUAACCUGACCCAGGGUCUGGACGACGAGGAUGGUUCCCUGAAACUUCGCCGCAUGGUCUACAUCUUCGACAGCAUGACAGCCGCCGAGUUAGACUGCGACGGAAAGCUCUUCACCGACUCACCCAGCCGCAUGGUCCGCAUCGCCCACGGUAGCGGUACCACCGUCCGCGAAGUCGAGGAUCUGCUCUCUCAGCAUCGCAUGAUGGCUGGUAUGGCCAAGCGUGUCGGUGGCCAGAAGAAGCAGAUGCAAAAGGCACAAGACAUGCUCAAGGGUGGAAACAAGCAGCAGCAGAUGGCCGCCAUGCAGAAGCGCAUGCAGGCUAUGGGUGGUGCUGGUGGUAUGGGCGGUAUGGGCGGUAUGGGCGGUAUGCCUGGUAUGGGCGAUAUCCAGAAGAUGAUGCAGAUGAUGGGAGGCGGCCAGGGUGGUGGUGGCAUGCCUGGCCUGCCGGCUGGCAUGGAUAUGCAGAGUCUGAUGAGCCAGAUGGGCGGUUUGAUGGGUGGAAUGGGCGGCAUGGGUGGUGGUGGUGGUGGUGGAGGCGGGCGAGGACGAGGACGGUAG